GCGGCGGCGGGCGGCCAGGGUACCAUGGGCUUCUGCUCGGGCCGCUGCACGCUCCUGGCGCUCUGCGCCCUGCAGCUGGUCACUGCCCUGGAGAGGCAGGUGUUUGACUUCCUGGGCUACCAGUGGGCGCCUAUCCUGGCGAACUUCAUCCACAUCGUCAUGGUCAUCUUGGGGCUCUUCGGCACCAUCCAGUACCGGACGCGCUACAUAGUGGUGUAUAUUGUGUGGGCAGCUGUCUGGAUCACCUGGAAUGUCUUCAUCAUCUGCUUCUACCUGGAAGUGGGCGGCCUGUCAAAGGACAGUGAGCUCCUCACCUUCAACCUGUCCCCGCAGCGCUCCUGGUGGCUCGAGCAUGGGCUGGGCUGUGCGCGCAAGGUGGAGAUCACAGCCGGCUUCCGGGUCCUGCACGACCAGGCCCUGGCGUCUGGUGGCCUCUGUGCCCUAGAGCACAGCUAUGUGGAGGCUCUGCACAGUGGCCUGCAGAUCCUGGGGGCACUCCUGGGCUUCGUCUACGGCUGCUACGUGGUCAGCGUGUUUACGGAAGAAGAAGACAGCUUUGAUUUCAUUGGUGGAUUUGAUCCUUUCCCUCUGUACCAUGUCAAUGAAAAGCCGUCCAGCCUCUUGUCCAAGCAGGUGCAUUUGCCUGCCUAAGUGAAGAGGCCCUGAGCCUGUUCCUGUGACGUGGCCUCAGCCAGGAGGCAGUAAGGUGGCCCCCGGCCACUGAAGACAGACUCCUGUCCACCCAGUGUCUACCCAGGCUCACCAGGGACCUUGGCCUGGGUGCCAGUGUAGGGCUGAGUGACCGUGAAAGAGUUUGUAAUGUCUGCUUUCUGAAAAAAAACAACAACAACAGAAAAGACAAAAGAAAACCGACCAGAAAACUGCAUCCCCAGGUUCCUUGCUGGGAUUUCAUCUCCAUCACAGCCUGGAUGGCUUCUGAGGAGCCCUUCUCCACUGCCCUGCCCUGGGGCAGCUGGACCUGCAGGCUGAGCCCCGGCUGCCAGGGGUACAGAGCUCAUGGCGGGGUAGCAGUACGGGAAAUGGAACCCUACAGGGA